ACCAGCUCAUAGGCGAUACGUAGAGCCCAAUAUGGAGGACAUACCGGUGCCUACGGAGAACACAUUUGAUGUGACAUUACCGGCGACACAUUCUUAUUUAGGACAAAAUUUAGAAGAAGUAAGGGGAAGAACAAUACUGGAUGAUGGCAUUUAUAUGAAUCUACCACUGUUGAUAAAACAAUCUGUACUAUUUCCUGGUCAAACAUUACCUAUGACAGUUUUUGGCGCACAGACUAUAGAUAUGUUGCAAAAUUGCAUACAAAAUGAUCGUACUUUUGGUGUUGUGUGUUAUGGUCAUCCUGAGAUGGAACGAAUAGGAACAACAGCUGAGAUUUACGAAUACACAGAUGGAGGUAUAUGGAUGGAUCAUGGUCGGCGAGAAUUUCGCUUAAAAGCUAAAGGAAGGCAGCGCUUUAAGAUAUUACGUAUUAUUACGCAGGAUCACAAUAAAAUUUCGGCCAAUGUUAAAGUGUUACCAGAGAUAACACUUGGGCCACCGUUUUUGGACCAACGCUUGGCCUCAUUAGAUCGCUUGAGAGUUUUUUCUGAUUUGGAGGAAGACAUGAAGAAACAGGAGAAAGUAGAGAACUUGGAUGCCGCGGUGACUGCUUGGCCAGCUUGGGUCUAUAGGCAGUACGAUCCUAUAAGACUCUCCUUUAGAAUACGUCAGCAUCUUCAGUUUCUUGAAACUAGAGGUGGUAGUAUACCUAAAGAUCCUAUAGAUUUAUCCUUCUGGGUCGCACAAAAUAUUCUAAUGGAUCAUGAUGAGAGACUUAUAUUAUUAAGUUACGAUUGCGCAAUUUCUCGAUUGCAAAGAGAAUUAAAGUAUCUUAUGGAGGAUAAAAUCUACGUGUGCGUUAAUUGCGAAUCCUUUAUCGGAAGACAGUCACACAUGUUUCCGAUGAAUAAGGAAGGUCCGCAGGGUACUUAUGUCAAUCCCGGCGGUGUUAUACACGAGACUAUAACUUUUUACCACGUUCAAGGAGUUAUGCUCAGUGAUGCGGCUCCUUCGACUGAAUACAGUUGGUUUCCAGGAUAUGCUUGGACAAUAGCUAUCUGUAAAGGCUGUCAUCAUCACGUCGGUUGGAAGUUUACAGCAGUGCAUAAUUUAAGGCCCAAAACAUUUUGGGGUCUGACACGCAGGAGUUUGAAGAAUAAGAAGAAAAAAUAAAACAAAGAUAUACAUGUUUAAUCUAUAUUGGGUGUCAUAAAUGUUUUUAUAAUUUACUAGAUGAGUAUUUUUAACAGAUGUAUCAUGUUUGAUAUAGUUAAUUUCUCUUAUUUUAAGAUUUUUUCUCAGUUUAUAAUCUUAUUUUAAUAGCAUAUGAGCAGAAUGGGAAUGACUGUAUUCUAUUUUUCAUUCGUGUAUUCACUCUAAUGUAUGACCAUGUGGCAAAUACGAUUAAUGGAAGAGCAGCGCAAAAGGGAAAAUUUAGUUUAGAGGAAAAUAUCCGAUUUAGGAUAGAGAAAAAUCUAACAAUAAAAUGGGAGAUCUUAGAAUAGAUGAAACUUAUUUUACAUACCAUGAUCGAUAUGCAAUUAAAAAAAAAAUUUAAGUGACAGCUAGUAAACUUGAAAGAUUUUAUAGAAAUAAAGAUAGAUAAAGCAUAAUAUAUAUUAAAUGUUAGCUUAUAUUAUUCUUGAUUACAAAUCGUGAUACAAUGCAUUCUUUCCAAAAAUUUUCUUAGGAAUUUAUCCAAAUAAAUAUUAAAACAUUUUUAUGACACCCAGUAUGCAGUGCAUGAGUUUUGUUCUAUCUCUAAUUUAAUUAUAAUACGCUUGGACAUGAGCAAUUUAUAAAAAUUAUAUAUGCAAAAAAUAAUUAUUAUAUCAAUAGUAAUUAUGAGUUAUAAUACAAAAAACUUUAUGUAUAUAUUGAAUGGUUAAGGCUGUUGCAAGGGAGUUGAUCAGCCAACAAUCUUUCUAUUUGCAUUAAUUAAAAAUUAUAUAA